AUAAAAAUUUAUUUGCUUAAAACCUUCGGAUUUGUAAUUGAAAAUCUAACUUGAUAACAAAAAAUCUUGCUGAGAGUGUUACAAAAAAGUGUUGAUAACAAAAAAUCUUGCUGAGAGUGUUAAAAGAAGCAGUUGUCGUUAAGUCUAAUGAACUAAAUAAGACAAUGGUAGACUUAAUUGACAACGUAAUAUUCAUACUAAAACCUACUUACACUGAAACAUUUUAAAAAGUUAAUUCGCGUCUGUUGAAUUCGUAUUUUCAUUGAUUUUGUAUUGCAUUCAUGGUUUUUUCACAUUUAUUGGUUAGAAAUGAUUUACUAACUUUAACUAAAUAUUGGAAUAAUUUUUGAACGUUUAGUUUCAAUUUAAUAUUUAUUUUACAUGUUAUCUAUUCUUUUUAAAGAAGUUUCUGAAGUUCCAUGAACCUGCAAAUGACGUUUAAUUUCAAAGUUUUUUAAGUUUUAAAUUAUGGGUUGCGUACUCAGUAAAGAUGGCCAUUAUGAGUCCUUUCAAUCAAAUGAUACAAAUAUGAUUAAUGUAACCAAAAACACUGAAUGCUUUCAAAAAGAUUUCCCAAACCAAGAUGUUAAUGGAAAAGAAGUAGACAAUGAAUCUAUCAUAAACACAGAAUACUCUCAAAAAGAUUUUCCAAACCAAGAUGUAGAUAAGAAAAAGGUGGACAGCGAUUCUAUCGAAAACAAAGAAUACUCUCGAAAAGAUUUUACAAACCAAGAUGUUAAUGAAAAAAAGGUGGACAGUGAUUCAAUCAAAAAUGAUGAUUGUUCUCUAAGAAAUAUUGAAAACCAAAAUAACGAUAUAAAAGAGGUGGAAAAUUCUGUACAAGCCUCCAAAGGUUCACAAGAAAAAAAAUUGGAACAUGUCGAACCGUCUCAAAGUAGUCUGGAUAUAAUUGAUGCUUCAUGGAUAGAAAUAGAUUCUAGUAUUUCGAAAAUGUCACUUCUAGAUUCCAAUCAAAUAAAUGUUGAAAAUGAAACUAAAUCUGGGUGGAAAGUGAUUCGGCUUUUUAUUUCAUCAACAUUUGCUGACUUUCAUGAAGAAAGAGAAGUUCUUAUUAAAAAAGUUGUACCUGAAUUGCGAGAAUGGUGUGAGCAGAGGCAAGUUCAUCUAAUUGAGUGUGACUUACGUUGGGGUGUUCCAAAAAAUACAGAUUCAAAAGACACAAUUUCAACAUGUUUAGAUGAAGUAUCGCGAUGUAUAAAAGAAACAAAUGGUCAUCCUUUCUUUUUAAAUAUGUUAAGUGAAAGGUAUGGUUGGAUCCCUAAAAAAGAAGAUCUUUCAGAUGAGCUAAUAUCUGCAUAUAACUGGGUAUUCCCUCUAUCAAUUACACACAUGGAAAUACUGUGUGCAGCAUUAAGGACAAAUUCACGCAAUUCUUUAUUCAUGAUUCGAGAUGAAGAAUCGUUAGCUGGUAUUCCUGAUUCAUUUUCAUUUUCAUUUAUAGAUACUCAAGAGCUGUCUAAAUUAAGCCUUCAGCGGCUUAAAAAAGAAUUAAAGAAAAGAUUUCCUAAUAAAACUUAUUCAUACAAAUCCAAAAUAGUUGGAGUAGAUACAUCCACUGGACUUCAAAAGCUGCGUUUUAAUGAGUUAGAUGAGUUCGCUUCAGUGAUCACAAAAUAUUACAAAGAACGCAUUGAAGAGUUUGCACCUUUAGUAAAAGAAAUUGUGGAUAAUUCAGCAUUUCAACAAAAUGCUUUCAUACAAAAAAAAGGCUCACUGUUGGUCGGCAGAGAGAAGGAAAUCAGUAAUAUCAUGGAAUUUGCAACUACUGGUGAAAAAAAGUGUUUUCUUUUAAUUGCAGAGCAAGGUAGUGGAAAAUCUUCACUAAUAGCAGCCAGUGUUCUUCAACUUUCUCAGAAACAAAUACCUUGUUUGUAUAAUUUCUCAUCGUCUACACCUGGGUCUACAGAAUCUUUACAAGUAAUGUUGCACUUCAUACAACAGCUCUCAGCUCAACUGAAUAAACCAUCACCUGAAAAUAUGACAGGUUAUGAAAACAUUUUAAAUGUUUUCCAUAACUUGCUCAAAGAAAUCUGUGUUGAAAAAAAAGGCUUUACUAUUGUUCUUGAUGCUGUAAACCAAUUUGAAGAUGAAGCAGGUCAAUCUUGCUCAUGGUUGCCUUUACCUAGUGACGAUUUAGAUAUUCGUUACCUUAUCAGUUGCACACCUGAUUUUGGAAAUGGUUAUUCUUCUAUUAAUGAAAAGUUUCAAAACCAAAGUGAAAUUAUGUAUCUCCAAGGUUUUACCACAGAGCAUCGUAUUAAGCUUGUGCAACUAUUAUUUGGUCGCUAUAACAAAAAGUUAGAUCCUGAGCAACUUGACUUAUUAGUUUCAAGUGAAGGAUCAUCCUCUCCACUUUGGCUAGCUCUUGCUUGUGAGGAACUAAGAGUGUUUGGAGUGUUUGAAAGAGUUACUGAACGAAUUAAAGAACUUCCAAGUACAAUAGACAGUUUGAUAUCAUUCAUAUUAAAAAGAAUUAUUACUGAAGAUGAUACAAACAAAAUAGAAAAGACACUUUGUUACCUGGCUUGUUCAGCUCACAAUCUUGCAGAAAUGGAACUAUUGCAUUUACUUGGAGACGAAAAUGGAGAAACCUUGCCUAUGUUUCAAUGGGUUAAAAUCAGAAGACAAAUCAAACCUUUUCUACUCAACACCGGAAGUGAAAAUUGUGAAUUUUAUUCAUUCUUUCAUUCUUCUGCUAAACAGGUUGUUUUUCAAACAUUUUUACAAGAAGAAAAUAAAGUUAAAGAACAUCACAAAGAGCUUGGGACAUAUUUUUUGAAGCAUGGUGCCAAUGACUAUAGAACAGCAUCUGCUAUUGUAUUCCAUUUUAAAAAGUCUGGCAUGGCUGAGGAAAUUAUUUCAUUUUUACGCAAAGAUGUGAGAAGUCAACAUAUAUCUGAUGUGGAAAGAAGUAGAAUCUUUUCUGGUUUAAGAUGUGGAAACUUUAUUCAACCUGGCAACAAUCCAUUUAAGCAACCUGUUCAUUGUUGUAAUAUUUGCAGUUUAAGAGCUAAAAGCCUUUCUCAGAAACCACUUCCAUCGAAAGAUUUAUGCAUAGUGUGUGGUGGAUUCCGCCCAUGGAAAAAUAAUGAUACUCAAGCAUUUUUGUGUCAACAACACAAACAGUUCACUGCCCCUGAUACAGACAAAUGUUAUUUAUGUGGAAGAGUUAUUUUUCUUAAACAAUCUGCUGCUAUGUAUGAGAAGUGUUAUUGUUGUACGAUGUGUUCUGUUAAUAAACGAUGCAUUGCUUUAUCUCGGAAGUAAGAGGGGCAGAUACAAUUUUUUUAUGUACAUUGGUUAAGUAAACAUUUUACUUUAUUUUUUAUUUAAAUUAUUUUUUGUAACACAAAACGUAUAUUUGUAAAUAUAGUUAGACAUUUCUUCUAAUUUUAGUAGUAAAAAUGAAUUGAUAUUUUUAAUUAAUUGGUAGUAAUAACUUCUUAAUUUGAUUCUCUAUAUUGCAUAUUUGAUAAUCUUUUAUCUAGGUAUUAUUAAUUACGGCCAAUAAAAUUAUUA